AUGUUCGGGCCGCCGUGGCUCGGCGCCUUCGGCUAUAUCGCGCAAAUCGCCAACAUUGCAUUGGAUGUGAGUUGGGAAACUAAUUAGUUGAAGUCGUUUGUGGGAAAGAAAGUAGGGGAUUAUCAGUUUUUUUAGAAAAAAUCGAUAUUUUUUAGCCGGGAAGUUUCAUUUUUCCUCCAUUUUCAAGCAAAACAAAUUAAAUUAAAAGUACACUAGUUUCUGUCAAACGUGAGCUUAAAAUAUCUCAUCUGUUUUAUGUUAGAAAAUUCCAUGUGUAAAUUACUGAAAGUUUUAGCUCGCGCUUUCCAGGGACAGGCAAUAUAUUCUGACAUGUCUCAGAAAAAAUUGUUUUAAAUGUGUGCCAAGUUUUGCCAAAAUCUGAGCGUCGCAUUUGGGUUCCUUCCCUUGUCAAUCUCUUUUGGACUAGAGAGACAGUUGACCCAAUGUUGGUACGAGCUUGAAAAGUUUCAUCAGGAACUACGGAGGAGGACCUGAUCCAAUAACAAAAUACGUACCAUUUUGCAUCCGGGAAGUAUCAAAAAAUGUAGCAAAAUGCCUCCCUCUGUAACCAAAAAACUCCUUUUUGAAGGGUCCCUCACAAAAAUAGCGAGCGCGCUUUUGAAAUCGGAGUCUUUUCGUUUGAAGAGGGAGGUAUUUUGCCACAUUUUUGAUACCUCCCGGAUGCAAAAUGGUACGUUUUUUAUUAUUGGAUCAGGUCCGCCUCCGUAGUUCCUGAUGAAACUUUUCAAGCUCGUACCAACAUUGGGUCAACUGUCUCUCUAGUCCAAAAGAGAUUGACAAGGGAAGGAACCCAAAUGCGACGCUCAGAUUUUGGCAAAACUUGGCACAAAUUUAAAACAAUUUUUUCUGAGACCUGCCACAAUAUAUUGACGGUCCCUGGAAAGCGCGAGCUAAAACUUUCAGUAACUUACACAUGGAGUUUUCUAACAUAAGACAGAUGAGAGAUUUUCAGCUCACGUUUGACAGAAACAAGUGUACUUUUAAUUUUUUGCUUGAAAAUGGAGGAAAAAUGAAACUUCUCGGCUAAAAAAUAUCGAUUUUUUCUGCAAACCGCGAGAUUCUCGUCGCAAGCCCCCAAGCUGUCAAAAUCCAAAUAUCGCGUUUUUCCGCUUCCCUGCUGUUGAAUAGAAUACUAGCCUAGAAACUGAAUUACUGCAAAAAAAUCUCUUUUCGGCGAAAAUAAGCUCCCAAAUUUCCAGCCUGCCCUUCACGCUGCUCCAUCAUUGCUAAAACGCUCCCAAAAUGGGAGCAUCCCACUUCUAACAGCUAUCGACACAUGCUUAUCAAGGUACACAGUCAAUAUCGACGUUAUUCGGCCAUUAUUCGACGACAUUGAAAACAAAAUCCUGGGAAAUGAGGACUACUCGGAUGACAUGCGAAUUACCAAGGUUUUCCAACGGCUGGAAGCGUUUUCAUCGACGGAUUUAUCGAUGAAAACAACAAAACCAUCGGGAAAGGUGAAAAAUUCAACGAUUGAGGCGAUUUUAUCGAUGGAUGAGGGAGAUUCAUCGAUGAAUAUGGAAAAUUCAUCGAUGGAAAUUUCUGAUUCAUCGAUGAAUAUGACUAUUUUGGCGAUGAAAGCCAAUAAUUCGUCAAUUGAAAUGAAUUUUAACGAAGAUUCAGCCAAUUCAUCGAUGACUGAAAAAAAAUCAUCGACGGAAAAUCAAAACCCAUCGAUGAAAUUUGAUUUUGAGACGGAUUGUGGGCAUAUUCACAUAACGCCAGAGGUUCAAAUCAAAAAUUUCUUGGAAAUUGGCCGAUUUUAUCAAAAAAUCUCCGAAAUUGACCAAAUACUCGAUGGAAAUUCGACAAUUUUCAUCAACAACUUGCUGGAAGCGCAGAAAAAUGUCGAUGAGAGGACAAAAAUCGUGCUGCAAGAGAUUAUCGACAACUUGUUGAUGGACUUUGACAAAUAUUAUGAGCCUUUUCAUCGGCUAAAACUAGUGGUUGAUGAAAUUUCAAGGUUCAGCAAGGUAAAUUUUUGAUUGAAUUUUUGCCAAAACUAAACCGAAUUAAUGAUUUCCAGGACAACCCGGAGAACUUGGCGUUCAGAGAGGUUCAGGUUGGCCAAUGGGGAAAGCUGAGCGAUGCGUUGAAUGUGUAUGCUAUGGUGAGAAAUUUUUCUCGUUAUAUUUAAAAAAAAUUUUUUGAUUUUUAGGCCGAAAACUAAAAAAAAUUCUGAUUUUUCAUUUUUUUGAUUUUUAGGAUGAAAAUUAUAAGAUUGAUUGUGGAUAACAUGCACAAUAUUACUGUAAAAAAUCAAUUUUUCCCGUUCAAAAUUCGCUAAUUGUAAGAUACAGCGACGGACCUGAUGCAGUGGCAAAAACGUACCACUUUGCAUCCGGGAAGUAUCAAAAAAUGUAGCAAAAUGCCUCCCUCUCCAACUGAAAAGACUUCGUUUUGAAGGGCCCUCAAAAAAAAGAGCGGGCGCGCUUUUGAAAAUGGAGUCUUUUCACUUGGAGAGGGAGGUAUUUUGCUAUAUUUUUUGAUACUUCCUGGAUGCAAGAUGGUACGUUGUUUGUUACUGGAUUGGUCCCCAACUGUAUCUUUGCGAAUUUUGAACGGAAAAAAUUGAUUUUUUGUGGCAACAUUUUUCACGGUAUCCACAAUCCUAAAUAAUCAAAAAAAAUAAAAAAAUCGGGAUUUUUUCAGUUUUCGGUCCAAAAAUCAAAAAAAAAUCGAAUUAAAAAAUCUCUUUCUAUUCCACAUGUAGACUGCUAAAACUACAAAAAAUAAAAUUUUACUCAAGAAAAAUUCAAAAAGAUUCGGCCCACAAAAGUUUUGUUGCUUUACAUAUCAGUCUGUCGGAAAAAUAAUGAGCACUCUGUCGCAUCGACAAUCGUAUCGCUGCCGAGAAAAUGAAUUGUGUCGCAACAAGAUCAAAUUUCUUUUCACUUCAGCGACGCGUUUGGCGCAGCGAUAUUAUGCUCAUUAUUUUCCCGACAGACUGAUACAGCCCUAAAACAAAUGCAAUUUUUAUGGCUAUAUUUUUAUGAAAUUUUGCCGGAAAAAAUUAUUAUUUUUUUAUCGUAUAAGAUGUCACACCUCAGUUUUCUCAAUUUGAAAAAAAAUUUCAUCGUAUAAGAUGUCACACCUAAUUUUUCUCAAUUUGAAAAAAAUUUUCGUCGUAUAAGAUGUCACACUUCAUUUUUCUCAAUUUGAAAAUUUUUUCAUCGUAUAAGAUGUCACACCUCAUUUUUCUCAAUUUGAAAAAAUUUUUCAUCGUAUAAGAUGUCACACCUCAUGUUUCUCAAUUUGAAAAUUUUUUCAUCGUAUAAGAUGUCACACCUCAUUUUUCUCAAUUUGAAAAAACGUUUCAUCGUAUAAGAUGUCACACCUCAUUCUUUUCAAUUUGAAAAAACUUUUCAUCGUAUAAGAUGUCACACCUCAUUUUUCUCAAUUUGAAAAAAAUUUCAUCGUAUAAGAUGUCACACCUCAUUUUUCGCAAUUUGAAAAAAAAUUUCAUCGUAUAAGAUGUCACACCUCAUUUUUCUCAAUUUGAAAAUUUUUUCAUCGUAUAAGAUGUCACACCUCAUUUUUCACAAUUUGAAAAAACUUUUCAUCGUAUAAGGUGUCACACCUAGUUUUUUCAAUUUUCAAAAUGGGGGAGUGUUCAAAAAGGGGGAGAGUUCAGGCUCAACCCAAAAUUUUUUCUUAUUUUCAUACUUUCAGUACCGUUACAAAGGCUGGCAUUGGGUGGACUACUCCGCCUCCUCCUGCCCCGACGUUUUAUCAAUCCUCAAACCCGCCAAAAACAACGAAACAUUACUCCUGUCGAAGCUACAGUAUGCCUACGACGCCUCGCUCCGCUUCUCCCGCAAUUUCGAGCCUUUUCUAGGCUUGAUCCGGCGCGAGAUCCGCGAUCGAAAUGAGUCCACAACCACCGAGUUGCUGAUCCAUGUUUGUCGGAUUCUGAAUGGGUUCGCGGACCCGGGCAGUGGCCGGCUGGAGGAGGUGUUGGAGAUCAAAUUGAAGCCGGAAUUGAGCGUCAAAGAGGCCUGCGAAUGCGUUAAUGUGCGGCCGCCGCCAGGCUACGAAGAGGCGGUGGAAAGGAUGAAGAAGUCGAGGCUACGAAGGUUCUCGCUGCUUUGGCCAUUCUUGUAA